AGCGCUAAACCAACACGGAAGAGCUUGGGAACAGAUUAACUGCAUGUAUCGCAGUUGUCGUUGAAGUGAUGGCUUUUCGUAAUUUUAACAAAGAGGCACUGGCUGGAUCCAUCACAAUCGGAGUUAUUUUAGUCGCAGGUUAUGUCUUUGGGAAAAAGAGAUUUCUCAGAAUGAACACCUUCAAAAGUCACAGCGGGGGAAAAAACAACCCACUCAUUCAAUAUGUCGUCAAUCACUCUUUGAGGGAACAUCCGGUCCUGAAGAAACUCAGACUGAGGACAAUGGAAGAGUCCAUGAACUUCAUGAUGGUCUCCUGUGAGCAGUCACAGUUCAUGGCCAAUCUUGCAAAACUCAUCAAAACCAAGAAAGCAUUAGAGAUUGGAGUGUACACAGGUUACAACACUGUGAACAUUGCACUGACUUUGCCUGACGAUGGAGUCAUAGUGGCAUGUGAUAUCAGUGAAGACUUCACCAACAUUGGCAAACCUUUCUGGAGAGAGGCUGGAGUCGAGCAAAAAAUUGACCUACGUAUCCAGCCAGCAAUGAAAACUCUAGAUGAUCUCUUGUCAGACGGCCAGGCGGAAACAUUUGACUUUGCCUUCAUCGACGCAGACAAAGUCAAUUAUGACAGCUACUACGAAAAGUCCCUGCAACUGCUGAGGAAAGGGGGCAUCAUCGCCAUCGACAAUGUGUUCUGGGGUGGAAAGGUGUUGAAUCCGAGCCCCGGUGAUGAGGACACAGUGGCUAUUGACAAGCUGAACAAGAAGUUGCACCGAGAUGCUCGAAUCAACCUGAGCAUGCUCCCAGUGGGAGAUGGGCUCACAAUUGCGAUCAAAUUGUAGGACAUAAGUCUGAUAAGCGCAGUGAUUCGUAGGCUCUGGAAGUUAACUCUAAGAUCAUGUAUGUCCUUUUAAUGUUAGAUGACACAUGGUGAAGGUAGCUGAAACAUCUCACUACAGAUUAGUGUGGAAAUUAAUGAACACUAUUGUUAAGUAUGAUAAUUUGUUUAACAGUAAUAACAGAAAGUGCUGUAAUUAAUGGCAUCGUGAAAACAUUUGAUUAAAAAACUAACUGUACACUCCA